AUGAAUACCCUCGUCCAGUCUUCCUUGACAGACGUGGAAUCAAGACUCAAUGCUCUCCUGACAAGCCUUACAACCUCCCCUACUGCCGCAGGGGCCCCCGCGGCAGCCCUCGCCCUCCUCGAAGCAGACGACGCGUUGACGUCCGCCAUUGAAACGCUCCGCCAGCAUCAAAUAAAUCAUGCCAAGAUCCUUCGACUACGGAAUGAAGCACAGCAGCUAGAAGAAAAAGUGAAGGGCAUCGUGAGCGACAUCGACGGCUUUGACAAGGCCAUUCGCACAGUUUGUGCCGACAACGGUGACAGCGAUAGUGAUUUCGACUCGGACUCGGACAACGAGAUUGGAGGCAAACAAACGGCUCUAAGAGGAAUUAAAGAGAUUGAUUACAAGCUCAUUCUCGACUUCGCGCGCCGAAUCAGCAAAUACAACCACGAAGCUGCAGCCGACGUUGCAACGGGCGCAGCCGGGAAACGACAAGAAUCAGGACCUCAGACCGGUGACAAGGAUGUGAAUAUGUCGGGAACCAACGGGGAACAGUUGGCGGAGGAUGGCGCAGAGCCAGUGUCAUCGGUCACUAAAAGCGCAACGCAGUGGCUAGACGAGUCAGCGAACGUCACUCGCGAGGUUUAUAUGCUGCCGUACCCGAUGGAGGAGCGGAUACGGAUGGGACUGAUGGCGCAAAUCCAACUUGCUCCUGGGGGUGACCCGGACAGGGAGAUGGAAAGGUUGCUAGCUGAAGCCGACGGUCGGGGUGUUGCUGAACCACCAGCACUGGUGGAACCCACGGAAAGCACAAAGAAAGCAGACGAGGCCGCAAAGGCUGCAGCUAAUGCUGGAUCAUCAGCUGGAAAGCCCCGGGCGCCUGCUCCAGUUUCUGCUCCAGCGCCAGCGCCCAAACCAAAGGCGACCCUGGAUCUCGAUCUCUAUGACCCCGACGAUGACGAUGAUUGA